UUCGCAGAAAAACGGGAGAGCCAGGCUGUCAUUGCCAGAAGCAACAAAAAAAACUCACCUGUUUUGUUUUCAUUUUCGAUUCGAUUGCAAUCCAAUUUGGAUUUUUUGUUUUGUUUAUGUUUUGUUGAUCCACUAUGUUUGAAUCAUCAGUCAAACAAUAAUUGUGCGGAAAUAGGAAUGGAAUCAAUGUUAAAUCGUUUACGUGAUACAGUAUCGUCAACUGUUUAUCAUGUUACAAAUAAUUUAUCAACUGCAUUACCUGGUAAUCCAUUGACAAGAGAAUAUGAAUUAUUGCGUGAAAUUGGAUCAGCUGGCCCAGGAUUAUGUUUUAAAAUUUAUGAAGCAACGAAAAAAAGUACAAAAGAACAGGCAUCAUUGUUUAUAUUGGAUAAAAAAACUGAUCGAUUCGAACGAAAGGAAAAAGAACAAUUAUUCGAAACAAUUCGACAUGGUGUACCACAAUUGACACGUCUUCGUCAUCCAUCAAUGUUAACCAUACAACAUAACCUGGAAGAAAGUCGUGAUCUAAUUGCAUUCGCUACUGAACCUGUUUUGGGAAGUUUGGCAAAUUUUUUCGAUCCUACAUUUGCACGUGAACAAUCAAAAGAUGGUGAACUAUUUGAAUUCUAUGAUAUUGAAAUCAAAUAUGGUCUAUUACAAUUAGCCGAGGGUCUGCAAUUUCUUCAUAAAGAUGCUCGAAUUCUACAUCGAAAUAUUUGUCCGGAAAAUAUCCUUGUAAAUCGUAAUGGUAUUUGGAAAUUAGCUGGAUUCGAUUUCAGUGUACAAACAUUGAAUCCAAAUGAACAACCAUAUAAAUUUCCUUCGCUUAAAGUCAUUGCCGAUUUAUCAUUAGAAAUUCAACCAAAUUUUACCUAUUCAGCACCGGAACAUUUUCAAUCAUCACCCUCGAGUGAAAAUUGCAUUAUCGAUACAAGUUCAGAUAUUUUUUCAUUAGGUAUGAUUGCCUAUACAUUAUAUAAUAAAGGAAAACCAUUAUUAUUGUUUGAUGCAUCAUAUCAAUAUCGGCCGGAAAAAUUUACUAUCGAUUUAAAGGAUAAAUUAUCUCAAACAUCAACAUUAUCCUGUAUACCUGAAGAUUUUAGAAAACAUUUUCGCCUCUUAUUAAGCAUUGACCCAAAACUUCGACCUGAUGCCCAACAAUUGUCAAAAUUACAAUUAUUUCAAGAUGUUCUCGUUCGAACGUUGCAAUAUUUUGAUUGUUUAUUUCAAUGGGAUAGUCAACAGAAAGCACAAUUUUAUCGAAAUCUUCCCGAUGUUUUGCAACGGAUACCGAAACGUAUAAAACUGCGACGAAUUGUUCAUGGUUUAGCAAAAGAAUUUGUUAAUCCUGAUAUGGUACCAUUUGUAUUGCCACCAAUGUUUUUAAUAGCAAAAGAAACCGAUAACGAGGAAUUUCAUACAUGGAUCUUACCCGAAUUGAUACCGGUAUUUCGUUAUAAAGAACCAAUUCAAAUAGGACUAUUUUUGUUAAAAAAUAUGAAUUUCCUUGUCGAUAAAUUUAAAUCUAAGCCGGAAGCAUUAAAAGAACAUAUCAUACCAUUAAUAUAUCGUUUUCUUGAAUCGGAUGCUUUUCAAAUACAAGAAUUGUGUUUAAGUGUUGUUCCAAGUAUUAUACAUUUGAUUGAUUUUUCUGGUUCGAAAAAUAUGCUCCUACCUCGAAUCAAACGAUUAGCAUUGGAAACAAAAUUAUUAUCUGUACGUGUCAAUUGUCUGAUUUGUUUGGGUAAAAUAUUGGAACAUUUAGAUAAAUGGCUAGUAUUGGAUGAAGUUCUACCGUUGAUAAUGAUGAUGCCAUCUCGUGAACCGGCUGUUAUUAUGUGUUCAGUUGGAAUUUUUACAUUAACAAUCAAUAGUAACAAGUUAGGCAUCCCAAAAGAAAUGCUAGCUAAUAAAAUUAUUCCAUUUUUGGUUCCAUUAUCGAUUGAAAAUGGUCUCUCAUUGCAACAGUAUACGACAAUAAUGAAUUUAAUUCGAGAAAUUUUAAAUAAAAUUGAAGAAGAACAUCAAGCCAAAUUAAGACAAUUGGAUUCGAUUAAAGUACAACAGGAUUCAUUUUUUAUUGAUAAUCAACAACAAUCGAAUGAUGAAAAAUCAUUUGAUCCAUUCAAAUUGAAUGAUUCAUCAUGUGAUGGUGAUAAAAUGACAACGGUCAAUAAUAAUAAUGUUUCAUUAUCAUUGAAUGACAAAGAACGUUUAGCGUUCGAAAAAGAACAAUCGGAACGUUUAAAAAUGAAUGAACGACAAAUGUUAUGGACGGCUAACAAUGAUAAUGUAUCAUCAUCAUUGAACUCUGAAUCUAUCAAAUCUAGUCAACAUUCUCAAUCACCACCAACAAAAGAUCUGACCGAUUUGCUUAUUAAUUCAAAUCUAAAUCUAAUGUCAAAACCCUCAACACAAUCACAAUUAUCAUUCCCAUUCAAUGGAAAUGGACCUAUGUCAUCAUCACCAUUUUCGACAACAUUAAAUCAGCAACAACUAAAACCCAAUUAUUCAGCCUUGGAUAAUAUUUCCAUACCGAAUAUUAAUCCGAAAUCCAUGCCGCAAACACUGAAUUCAAUGAAACAAUUAACCAUUGGUCCAAUUCGAACUAUGACCACAAUGAAUAACACCGCCGUCAACAAUCACAACAACAUGCAAUCAUCACAGUCGACAAAACAAUUAUCUAAAACCGAAUUGGAAGAAUUUCUCAAUUGAUACUAUCUUUAUAAAAAAUUAUUUGUAUAAAAAUAAAAAAUUUAAAUUUUUUUAAA